UUCUUCAAAAAGAACAUAACCAUGCAACUCUCAGUGUUAUACAUCUUUACUUGGGUAUUGAUAUUCUGCUGCAGAAUUCAAGCAUUGUCAAUUGAAGCUCAGCGUGGAGCUGAUGUGACACUGAGCUGCAAGGUGUCUGACAUCCCAGAACGCUCCAUUGUGCAAUGGGAACGAAAUGAAGUUCCUAUUCUUGACAGCACACUGUUCUACAACAGGACAGCUUACAUCAUUUUACACAACGUCGACCAACGCAGUCAGGGGGAAUACCACUGCAUACUGAAAUCCCAGGGAAAGAAAGAAAUUUAUAAGACUCAAACACUGGUAGUGUCAGAAUAUGCACAAAGUAAAAAGUAUAUUCUAUACAGAGAAUGCUCCAAUAGUAGUAGUUUAUUCCUCAUCUGCAAGUCCAAAACAUCUUACCACAGAGUAGCAUGGAUCCGGGUGCUAAACAAAACAAAAGAAGUAAUGAUAGCUGCAGAAAAAGAAAAAAAUCUAACAGUACAUGAAGCGAUUGUACCGGGGGAACAUUCAUCCAAAUUCUACAAUGGAAAUGAUUUCGUCUUUCAUAUCUCACCUGUGAAAUUCAAUUACAGUGGAGCAUACCGAUGCCUUGUUGAUAACAAGAACACCUAUUCAUCCAUAAUGCUCCACACUGUAAGAGUUUUUGCAGAGCCCGAUGUUCUAAUCAGGAAUCAGUCAGUGCUUCUUACCUGUGAAGUGUCAGACAUUACAGAGAAUGUUAUUCUGGCUUGGCUGAGGAUGGAGGGAAACAUGGCAAUGCUAAUAAAACAGGGAGUCCUGACACGAAAAGACAAAAAGAGAGAAGUCAGUGUAAGUCUGAACCGUGUCUAUGAGGACCAGCUUUUCUACCAAUGUGCUGUGUUUAGUGAAAACAAACUCAGAGCUCUGGCCCCAAUAAAGCUCCACCUUGUGCAGUCAUUAAGAGAAGGGCCUCAAUCAGCUAUACCAAAACAUACCACAGUUCCCACCAGACAUGCAAUUACAGGAAACACUGUGGAAGAGAACAUUGACACCCAGACUUUACUCGUUGCUGUGUUCACUUUGUUCGGGUUUAUGGUGGUUGUCCUUGGAGCGCUGGUGUUUUACAGACGAAGAAAAUCUUCCACAGAUGCCGGCAUGGGAAAAGCAGAAGAUAAAGAUGAAGAGGUCCACUAUGAAACCAUUACCAUUGUGGAACUUGAUCAUGGAGCUUGUGGGAAUAUUAAAAGGAACAAGCAGAUACCAGACACCAUUGAUUCAGUCAUUUACUCAACAAUCAACUACUCAACAAACAAAAGUGAGGAGUUAGAAGGAAAAUGUUAGCUGUAAUAUACAAUGGAAUUGGCAAACCUGCAAACUCCAGUUCUCACUCUGAUCUGCUUUCUAUUACAGAAAUGUAUAUUAUCCAUAUAUCUUGUUUAUGUUCAAAUGAAAUCCAUCUAAUACUUAUCUGUAGCUGUAUUCAUUUAAAAGAAAAUUUAUAGUGACCACAUCACUCUUGUGUUAUGUAUUUUAUACAGCAGUUAGUUCCAGUCCACUAACAUGAUUGGUCAAGCAGCUUUCAAGGUGUGCUGAUAUUGUCUAUAACUGCACCAUAAUGUUUCGCUGUGUGUUUCACUCUGCCUCCUCGUGCUCAAAACAAAAAUUCAACUUCCACACACGAAACGAUACUGUUGAUCUAAAAUAUGAACGGUCCUCAGAUGAAGAUAAAAAAGCAGAAUGGAUUGUUUGAACAGGAAUGUACAAAUCAAAGUGAGCUAGGGUGACAUGCUGUUGUGUAAAUACAAAGCUUUUUGGGGAUCUGUUACCACUAGUGUAGCACAAAUAAACUAAAAUUUCACCUUAUUGUUAAAUAUCACUUACUCAAUAUAGAUUGUUUCUAAAAAAUCAAUAAUUAGAAUAAUACAUUUUGUAUUAAUAUCACAACAAAAUAACAAUAUUGGCACAUUUAUGUUUACAUAGCCCUUUUCCAAAGCAACUUAUACUAAUUUCAAUUAUACAAAUGAACAGUUGAGGCCUUGCUCAAGGGCCCAGCAGUAGCAGUGGUGCUGGGAUUUGAACUUACAACAUCUCAAUCAGAACUCCAACAAUCCCUGCACUCCCCCCAACCCCCUCAGUAUUGUAAAUUGUUUUGUGCAGACUUAAGUUAAUUCCAAACAUGACCAUUUCAGUUACAGGUUUUAAACACCUGCACAUUUGUUGAAGGAGGUGAAGAAUUUUUGGGCUUCUGAUUGAAAGCUUGUGGGUUUAAAUCCCAGAAUCACCAUGCUGCGUCUGGUAAUGCUCAACCCUUAAGCAAGGUCUUUUACUCUUUACAACUGCCCAGCUGUAUGAAUGAGGUAAUAAAAGUCACUCUAAAAAAAGGGCCGUCUUCCAAAUGCCAUAAAUGUAAAUGUUCUGUACUGUAGGUUUUUACUAAUCUUUAUAUUCUUCAUCAUUUAAUGCAUUUUUAACCUGAUUUCCUGCACUGUUUAACAAAGUCAACUCAGGAAUCCUAGUUGCCUUUUUGAACAGGAAUUCUGAAAUUUUUGAUUGCAUCAUUGAGCUUUUAGUUAUAAAAUGAUUGGGCUUUGUGUCUGUCAGCUCUGUUAAAUGAGGAAAUACGUAUAUUCACUUUAAAUUAGUUUUUACUUGUUACCCAUUACCCACUUGCUACCCACUUGCUCCUCAUUUAUUAGUUUUGUGAGUUGCUCAAAUUUAAAGUUGCUUAAGUUAGAUCAGGACCUUAAUGUAACCUACCUCCCCUGCUGUGUUAAUUCUACUGACUAUUUAUCUAUUCUCUGUGCACUCCUCAUAUACUGAUGCACUGAACUUCAGAUUUGAUUUAUUUGAGCAACCUAAAGAAAGCAGACAAUGCAGUUUGUUUGAAAUCUAUAGUCUUUCGCUUGACUUCCAACCACAAGUUUAGUUAUUCUACUAAAAACAUUCUUGGAUGAGUGUAUUGUUAAUAACAAAAAAAAAGAGAAGACCACACAGAAACCUUUUCUCUAGUAGUGUUUAAUGUACAAGACUUUGUUGUGUUAAUAGGGUCACAGUAGUGGGUCCAGUUUAAUGGAAUCUAGUAAAUUAGUAAUGGCUUAAUUUCAGCGUAACAUUAUUGAAUCUAGUUGCUAUAGCUAGCUGAAUGUGGAAGAACUUGUCCGAGGAAAUGAUGCCUGCGGGUGCAGAUGUACUUUAACGUAGAAACAAAAGGACCAAGGCUGGGUGAAGAAAUUGAGCUAAUCAACGGCUGAUUACCCCAGGGAGGGCAGUAGAGGACAAACAGUGUAGACGAGUUGGUAAAUGAUGAUUAAAAAAACCUUCAAUAAACCAAAUUUAGGAAACAAUACGGAUUAUCUGUGACAUUGAAUCUUUUGUUGACGUAUAAAUGUUUAAUACAUUUAAAGUUGACAUCAAUUUUUGGACGACUUAAACAAUGCCCUUGAAAUGGAAUUUAAAGUGAUUAAAAAAUUUCUAAACAAUACAGACCAGCAUUAAUUAUGUAUUAUUUGUAUUAACAUAUUAAUAAUGCAGAAAAGGCAUAAUAAGGAUAUUGGCUGUAAUGACAUAAUAAUGGACACUGGAGGGCGAUAUUGUUAUUAAAAUAUUGUUUUGAAAGUGGCACCUUUCUUGGACUUUUAAGUGUUUACUGAAUUUACUUAAAAGCUGAUUGUGUAUAAUAUGUAACAUCCACUGUUUUAAAUGAUUAUAUGGCAUAUUUAUUUCCUCGAUAGAAUAAAC